CUUCAGUCCGGUCCACCCUCCUCUCCUCUUCCUCUCUCCUCUCAUCUCCCGUCUACAGGCAGACACACACUCACGAGCUGAGGAAAAGCUCACGACUCACCACCGACCAGAAUAACCAAGCGUCUGACUCCUAAACACGUUUUGUGAUUCCUGAGUAGAGAAGAUCUCCAGACUUGACCUGGUAAUCUGCGGAUUGAGAGGGACGUGCGUAAAGCGCCGCCACAGAGGAACUCUUAAUAAAUGAGCUGAAGUGUCAAAAGGAUUUCUCUCUGUGUUUUCGGUCUCCGGGUUUCCUCUGGCUGGCGUGCAGGAAUGAUGCGUGCUUCACUGGACUCGAGCAGCCGAUUCGCAGGCUGAUGAAACACUUUGCCAAUCCUUGUUCUUUGCGUUACUGCAACCCAGCGAGAAACCUGCACAACAUCACUACAUAGUGCAGCGGUGAUGGACCUUCGUUUUGACAUCUUGGUGAUGCACGCUUGUCAGUCACCCUGCUUUUGUGAAAUGCAUCACUUCUGCGCACAAUUCCUGCUCGUGUGACUUUUUCAAAGAGCGGCGGAUGCUCAAAAUGUUUCUCCAUCUGUCUGCAUGAGGGAUGGCGACCAAACCGCGCCAAGUCCAACAGUGUUUAUCUGCACGUUUGCACCUGUCCGGGUGGAUAAUGACAGUUUAUGCCACAGGUGAAUGAAUAUCGGCUCAGUUUCUCUUAACAGCGAGGGGGGUGUUUGAAGCUGUUCUCUGACUCUGGCAUUCAGAUCGAGCUUGUUGCACAGUGACAAUGGAUCUCAAAGUGGAAACCGAAGAAAUGGACACAAAUCAACCGCCGCCCAUAGAAGUUUUUGCGCACAGCUCGACUCUGCACGGAAUCUCGCACAUUUUCACGUACGAGCGGGUCUGCAUCAAACGCUGCCUGUGGGUCGUGUUUUUCUUGGGUUCUCUGACCUUCUUGCUGUACGUGUGCGUGGACAGGAUCCACUUCUACCUCGAGUACCCGCACGUCACCAAACUGGAUGAGGUCGCGACCCCGAUCAUGACGUUCCCCGCGGUCACCUUCUGCAACCUGAACGCGUUCCGCUUCAGCCGGGUGACGCGCAAUGACCUGUACCACGCAGGGGAGCUGCUGGCCCUGCUCAACCAGAGGUAUGAGAUCAGGGACAUACAUCUUGUGGAGGAGAGCGUCCUGGAGAGCCUGAAGGUUAAAGCUGAUUUCCAUAACUUCAAGCCACGACCCUUCAACAUGCGGGAAUUCUACGACCGCACCGGACACGACAUAAAUGACAUGCUGCUCGCCUGCCACUUUCAUGGAACCGAGUGCAGAGCGGAGGACUUCAAAGUGGUGAGUUGUCUCCUGUGA